GAGAAAAAAAAAAAAAAAAAGACCUCCCCCUCCCGAAGAAAUCCUGAAAUCCGUCGGCUCUUUCUCCAGAGCUUCUGCUGAGCCAUGAGCAGAUACAAAAACACACCCAGUGUUCACAACGAGGAACUCGACUGUACGAGUCUAGAAAGGGGAAAGUUUGCGCUGCUCGGGUCCAUGUUUGUUGUGUGGAAUUACUUCUACGUGGUGAAGCAGUGAAGCGCCUCCCAGUGCCUCGGUCAUAGACCUUGAAACCUAGCACAUAUAUGCAAAACGCAUUUUGGGUUGAGCGCGAUCCUGAGCUGAGGAGGGUCCUUCCACUUGCCCACAGGGCCCCCUCCACCUCAACCUUCCUCCCUUCUUUAUACAUCUCCUCCUGCAUGGACGCCCGAUGCUGGGACAUGCUAAAAUAUUGGGCAGAUACUCGGUUCCGUCGCUGGAUUCUAAUUUGAUGUAUUGCUGGGAAUAAUCUCCCUGUUUCUGACAGAAAUUAACUUACGCUGACUAUUUAUUCAAAGUCAGAAACUGCUCAAGAAAACUAAGUGAACACACAAAACAGUUAAUUUAUUAGAUGUUUGAUCAAGCCACGAGUAUGGGCGAUGGAAUCGCCGAAGACCGAAACCACUGUGGAUCCAAUUCGGUGUGCCGUGACCACGGCAGAGACUCUAAAAGCCGGACGGAAGUGGGGAACCGGUCACCUGUGCACAGUUCUACCGACACACCCGGGACUUCGGCGUCCACACCGACUUCAUCUGGCGAGGAAGGACACGAUAAACUUUUAGGAGUCGAUCCGGACUAUUGCCGAAGGAUUCUGGUCAGAGACGCCAAGGGCACCAUUCGGGAGAUUGUUCUGCCAAAAGGCCUGGAUCUGGACCGGCCGAAGCGCACGCGGACCUCGUUCUCGGCGGAGCAGCUCUACCGGCUCGAGCUCGAGUUCCAGCGAUGUCAGUAUGUGGUCGGGCGCGAGCGCACGGAGCUCGCCAGACAGCUCAAUCUUUCAGAAACUCAGGUGAAAGUGUGGUUUCAAAACCGCCGCACCAAACAGAAGAAGGACCAGACUAAGGACACUGACAAACGGUCGUCGUCCACCUCCGAAUCGCUCGCCACAUGCAACAUCCUGCGGCUGCUUGAACAGGGGCGCCUUCUGUCUGUGCCUGCACACCCACCCAACCCAUUGCUGGCUCACCCGCACACCGGCAAUGGCUCGCUCCUGGGCAGCCCAUCUGUAUCCACUUCCUCUGGGGUGAGUAGCAGCACCACGCCUCCCGGGGCUGCGGCGGUUGGGACGUUUGGACUGUCACUGUCUUCUUUAGGCGGCACCCCACCCUCGCCACGCCUCGGGGUCCCACCACCCUCCCUAUGCUUUACCAUGCCUCUCCUUGGAGGCACCCAUCAUGAACUGCCAUCGGGAUAUGGGUGCGGAUCCUCAGCGUUUGAGCCGUACAUGAGGAUAGAGAGGAAGGAUGGAGAGUUAAAUGGGAAGAAGACUGUUUCCUAAAAACAUUCCCAGCUGACUGGUACCUUCCCCCUUCUACAUGUCUCAGGGGUCUCACCUGUGCCAUGAACAACCGGAAGGUUCGCAAACUGACAGAAAGAGACUGAAAGACAGCCUCUCUUGAGCUAGUGCCUAUAACCAAACUGAGGCCGGUCAGACUCCAUCGUUUCAGUGGAGGUGAGCGUUUGGGACGAAGCCUGUAAUUAAGUAUCACGGUGUUCGGUGUAUUUCAUCAUCCACAGGUUUCCUUCCAUUUUUGCAUUACUUGUGUGGUGAGAAACUUAUUCUUUGUGAACGAUGGAAAAUGCUGUAAAUGUAACUGUAAUUGUAAAAGGCUAAAAAUCGUUUCGCAAUUUGGGUGUUAAAAACGUUUUUUUAUGCUGCUCUAAAUUAAUUGACUUUGGAGAGCUUCGUGUCAGUGUAAAUGUGAGUCUGUGUGAAAGUAUAAGAAUGAGAGAAUUAGGAGAGUGAACACGUACAGUAACGAUAACAAGGCACUGACAACUUCUGUGGCAUUUAUUCCGUACAAGACCUUGGUACUAAUGAGAGUUUAAUGGACAGAAUGAUUAUUCAUACAGCAGUGAUGCAACAUUAAAUCUGAGCAUGUGGAGAAUUACACGGGUCUUUAACAAAAUGCAAAGUAAUAGCAUCUAGAAGUGCUCAUCAAAUUGUCACAAUGCUCAACUUUGCGAAAUUGGUUUCUUCUCUUGGAAACGCAUUAAUUUCUCAACUGAAAGCGAGGCCCUUAUAGGCUCAACAACAAUAUAAGGACCUUUUCACAGACUGUGAUGUUAUUAGCAUUGCAAAUCUAACAAGGUUUUCAUUAACCUUGCAUUUCAGAAACUGGUUAAAGCUGCUGCAUGAGUGUUUCUAAUGCAAUUGCUGAGGUAGUGACCGCAAAUUUGCCAUAUUUCUUUCUUCUGACCAACUUUAUCAAUCUCUCUCAAAUACUUUCCUUUUUUGAAAAGUCAUCUUCACUAUUGGGACAAAUGAGAUCCCAUAAAUUACAUUUCCUGUAGCUUCCCUUCACCACUAUAGAAAUUCACCCAACUAUGGUUUACUUCCACUUCUGAAUAUCCCCAGUAUGUGCACAUCAUUUAGACACCGGCUAGGCUUGUACAUGCAGACCCAUGCAAUAUUUUCACAUUUAAAGGAUGAUUUUGUAGCUUGUGUCAUGAAAAGGCUGCACCAAGAAUUUUGCAUGUAAAAGACAAAAUCCUAUUCACACUGGGACGAAACUGGCAGAAAACUUUUUUUAGUCCUUUAAUGUCAAUUUACACCAUGUAAAUCAAUCCACCAACAAAUUAGAUUUGGGGUCACAAAAUAGAUGAGUGUAAUUGUUACAGUCUGGUUGAGUUCAAAUCCGUUUUAUCUGAGGUUUUAUUUUGCAUUGAGCAACUGGGUUGUAUUUAGCAUUAAAGCCUGUGCUUUUUUUGCUUUGCUCCAGAGGACCCAAGGACCUUCACACUUGUUUGUUUAGCUAUCAAGCAGCAUUCACAGAAAUGGUCAUUUCAGUCUCUCAAACUUGCUGAGUCUGUGUGCCUACAAUGUUUAAGUUUGAUGUUUUGCAUAAAGUUGAACUCUGUUUAACUUUGUUGCUAAACAGUUACUCCUACUUAGAGUACAUCACCCCUAAAAACUAAAAGUUAAUGGCUUCUGCUCACAUUGCUGUCAGUGUGAACGCCCUUUAAUAUGAAUAGGCAUUUUCAGUAGCUUCUAAGUCAAUCAUCUACAUGUGGAAACUUCCGAGAAAAAAACAAAAAGUAAAUUGCGAAGUCCGAAUUAUGAGAGGAUAAAUUUUUUUGUGGUGAUGAAAAUGAGCUUCCAUUGCUACAACACUGUACCUUCAUCAUUUCUAUCCUGGACAGUGUCCUAGGUUGGACAGUUGAAGAAAUAGU